AUGUUGACUUUGUGCCUUUUUACAUUGUUUGUCAUUGCUAUAUGUAGUUACAUUUACUUCUCAAUUCGUAAGCGGUAUAACUAUUGGAAGGAUCGGGGCAUAGUGCACGAAGAACCUCGGUUUAUUGUUGGAAAUUUUAGCUUUUUCAUGAGAAAGAGCUUUUGGGAGUACUUUUACGAUUUGAAAAAGAAAUUUCCUCAAGACUGCGUCGGAAUAUAUUUGGGGCUUCAGCCAGGCUUGGUGGUACAGUCCCCGGAGCUUGCGAAGAAGGUUCUUGUUGAUGCCGAUUGCUUUCAACAUAGAUUUACUUAUUCUGGGACUGUUGGUGAUCCCAUUGGAUCGCUUAAUUUAUUUGUCAGUAAGGGUCGUUUAAGAAAAGAUCUACAGCAGGCGUACUCUCCACUCUUCACAACGGCUCGUCUAAAAACGGUCACAACAUUAAUGAACAUCAAUGCUCAGGACUUGAAAGAAAAAAUUCAAAAAGACUUCGUCGAACAAGGGAAACGGGUUAAUAUAAAGAAACUUAUGACCAUGUACGUCACAGACACUCUAGCGUUUAGCGUCUUCGGCCUUCGCCUAAGUACAUUGAAGGGAGAGAAAUCACCAUUAUGGGACAUCACUAGUCACAUUACUAAAUGCAAUUUUUCUAGAGGGAUGGAGAUUUUGACGAUUUUCUUUAUACCGAGUCUAGCAGAAGCGUUGAGGAUGAAGUUUUUUUCGGGACCUGCCACAGAAAUAUUUAAAAAGAUGUUUUGGUCUGUUGUGAAACUACGCCAAGCAAACGGAGAGAAAAACAACACUGACCUUCUCGAUUACUUUCUUAAAUUGCGGGAUAAAUUUGCAGCUAUUGGCUAUGAUGAUUUAAGUGAAAACUUGAUGUUGUCCCAAGCAGCUGCAUUUAUAAUGGCAUCUAUUGAAACCACCACUGUCACACUUACAUACACAAUUUUCGAGCUGGCAUAUCAUCAGGAAGAACAGGAAAAGCUAUAUAAUGAAAUAAAUGAUGUUCUACGUAGAUCUGGAAAGAACGUUCUCGACUACACUGAAUUAUCCGAACUGAAGUACCUGAUUGCAGUUAUCAACGAGACGUUAAGAAAAUGUGUACCAUUACAGCACUUGGAUAGAGUUCCCGUUAAUGAUUACCAGUUAACAGAUGACAUAGUCCUGGAAAAGGGAAUUCCAAUCAUGGUAAAUGUGGCUGCUCUUCAUCAUGAUGAGCGAUUCUUUCCGGAACCGAAUGAAUGGCGUCCAGAAAGGUUUUUAACGUCAUCAGAAUUCGACGCAUUAAAUUAUACGUUCCUACCUUUCGGCGAAGGGCAUCGCUCUUGUAUAGGUAAACGUUAUGGAAUGCUACAAUUGAAAACGGCAUUGGUUAAAAUUGUGCACAAUUUUAGAAUUGAGCCAAUAAUGCCGUAUGAACUAAAAAGUGACCCAUACAGCAUUGUACUGGCACCCAUUGACGGUGCAAGCGUUAAGUUUGUUCCUCGUUGA